AUGAUUACUUCAACUAUAUCAAAAAGAUUGUCUUCACAAUCUUUUGUCUUUACUAGACAAUUAUCAACAAAAUUACCCCUAUCAGUGACAAUUAAUUUACCAAAUGGUUCUUCAUAUCAACAACCAACUGGGCUAUUUAUUGGUAAUAAAUUUGUUCCUUCAAGACAAGGUAAAACUUUUGAAGUUAUAAACCCUUCAACCGAGGAGGAAAUCACUCAUAUUUAUGAAGGUCGUGAAGAUGAUGUUAAUCAUGCUGUUGAUAUUGCAGAGCAAACUUUUAAAUCUGGUGUUUGGUCAAAAGUUGAUCCAAUUAUUCGUACUAAUGCUAUAAAUAAAUUUGCUCAAUUAAUUGAAGAUCAUGCUGAAACUGUUGCUGCUAUUGAAUCCCUAGAUAAUGGUAAAGCUUUAUUUGCUGCAAGAGGUGAUGUUGUUUUAGCGGUUAAUUACUUAAGAUCUGUCGCAGGAUGGGCUGAUAAAGUUGAUGGUCGUGUUAUUGAUUCUGGUUCUUCACAUUUUUCAUAUACCAAAAGAGAAGCUAUUGGUGUUGUUGGUCAAAUUAUUCCAUGGAAUUUCCCAUUAUUAAUGUGGGCUUGGAAAGUUGGUCCUGCAUUAGCUACUGGUAAUACUGUUGUUUUGAAAACUGCUGAAGCUACUCCAUUAUCUGCCCUUUAUGUAUCUCAAUUUGCUGAAGAAGCUGGUAUCCCUGCAGGUGCUUUAAAUAUUGUUUCAGGUUUUGGUAAAAUUGUUGGUGAAGCUAUUGCAACUCAUCCUCGUAUUAAGAAAGUUGCAUUUACCGGUUCUACUGCCACGGGUCGUCACAUCUUAAAAGCUGCUGCUGAAUCAAACUUGAAAAAAGUCACUUUAGAAUUAGGUGGUAAAUCUCCAAAUAUUGUUUUCAAUGAUGCUGAUAUUGCUAAAACUGUUCAAAAUAUCAUUGUUGGUAUUUAUUUCAAUUCAGGUGAAGUUUGUUGUGCAGGUUCAAGAUUAUAUGUUCAAGAAGGUAUUUAUGAAGAAUUAUUAGAAGCUUUUAAAGUUGCCGCUGAAGGUGUUAAAGUUGGUGAUCCUUUUGCUGAAGGUACUUUCCAAGGUGCUCAAACUUCACAAAAUCAAAUUGAUAAAAUUUUACAAUAUGUUAAAAUUGGUAAAGAAGAAGGUGCAAGAGUGGUUACAGGUGGUGAACGUAUUGGUGAUAAAGGGUUUUUCAUUAAACCAACAAUUUUUGCAGAUGUUGAAGAAUCUUUCCGUAUUGUUAAAGAAGAAAUUUUUGGUCCUGUUAUAACAAUUUCAAAAUUUUCAACUGUGGAUGAAAUUAUUGAAAAGGCAAAUAAUACAAAUUAUGGUCUUGCUGCAGGUAUUCAUACAACUUCAUUAAAUACUGCUAUUGAUGUUUCAAAUAAAAUUGAAGCUGGUACUGUUUGGAUUAAUACUUAUAAUGAUUUCCAUCAUCAAGUUCCAUUUGGUGGUUUCAAGGAAUCUGGUAUUGGUAGAGAAUUAGGUACUGAAGCUUUAGAUAAUUAUACUCAAGUUAAAUCUGUUAGAAUUAAGUUGGACUAA